AAUAUGCUCAUAAAAUAAACUCAGAUGACGAUAGAACAACAAACUCAAUAGCUACGAAAUACACGAUUUUCUCAUUUUAAAAUCGAAUCAGAAAUUCGAAACUUUUUCACUCUAAAUUUCAAAACCGAACCCUUUUUAUUGUGCUCGUGAUCGCUAAUCUUCAUCUCUAUUCAUUGCAAUCCCCACACGGCCACUUUUCAGCAGCUUCGUCUUGAAUUUCAAGAUGCCAAAAGUUAGAAGAGUGAAGUCCCCAUCUACUGAUUGCAAUAGAUCACAUCCUUACCCUUCCAACUCCAAAAACAUUGAGCUGCAUAAACCUAUGAAUUUGUUGGUAUCAGUUGAUGAAAUGAAAGAAUGGGAGGAAGCUAGGUGUCCUAUUUGCAUGGAAUCCCCUCAUAAUGCUGUUCUUUUGAAAUGUUCUUCCCAUGAGAAGGGUUGCCAUCCCUACAUGUGCAAUACCAGUUACCGCCACUCCAACUGCCUUGACCAGUUUUGUAAGUCCUUUGCUUCUCAUCUCUCAUCAGAAGUAUUGGAAGAAAUUCCUGUCACAAGCAGAGUCUCUCAUAGUAGAGAAGUUCAGUUAGAGCCUCAGCACCCCUCUCAAUGUGGAAGCCAGUUGCAACCAAAGCUCAUUUGCCCUCUUUGCCGGGGAGAAAUAUAUGGAUACAUGGUUUUGGAGCCUGCUCGAAGGUAUAUGAAUUCUAAACCAAGGAGUUGUUCUUCUGAAACGUGUGAGUUCCAGGGGACAUAUCCAGAACUCAGGAAGCAUGCCCGGUCUGAGCAUCCUUCUGUUCGACCAACAGAGGUGGAUCCCUCGCGACAGUGUGAUUGGUUAAGGAUGGAACAAGAAAGGGGAUUGGAAGAUCUUUUUAGCUCAAUCCAUGCAAGUUCUAGUGCAGAAUACAGUAGGGACACCGUUCUCACUGGGGGUCUUGCUGACUUUAUGUCCUCGUUCUUUUAUGAAAUAUUCUCCUCUCUUGAAAAUGUUAACCGAAUGGCCAGUGUGUUAGCUAAUUCAAGACAGAGAGUGCCUUUAUAUGACAGAAGGUCUGGAACAAUGCACAGGGUAUCAAAUGGUGAUACACAGACAAAUCAAUCAGCUAGAUGGAGAUCCAAUUUACCUUCAGUGCACCAACUGGAGAGAAUUGCUACGGGUAGAGUGAGAACCAAUUUUCCAUUUUUAUCAUCCCGUGAUCUAGAGGCAGAGGUGAAUCGUACUGCUAGAUGGAGAACAAAUUUAUCAUCUUUGAGAACGCCACGUGAUGAGCAUCAGUUUUAUAGAGACCUAAGUGCAGAGGUCACAUCUUCAACAAGGAUGCCUCGGGCUUCACAAGGGACUCGGACUAAUCCCCAGAGUGACAUCUCAUCAUAUGGAAGGAUCCCUGGUCGUCAAUUACGGUGGCGUCAUCAAAGAUGGUCUACGAAUAACAGCCAACAAUGAGUGGCAAAUGGCAAUAGAUACAAACUAGUCUGUUUCAUAUUACCACAAAUGUUUACUUCUGCUAUCUGUUAAGGAGAUACCUCAACUAUCAUUUAACUUCGUUUUAUUGGAGGAUUUGGUUCGAUGAAAUCGGUUUAUUCGACUUUUAUGAUUGUUUGCUUGAGAUUAUUAGUAGGUGGUUUUUGUAUGUUUUUCAUCACAAUGACCACAAGAUUAUUAGUAGCAUAGAGCGCGAACACGAAUGGGACAAUAAGCGGCUACUCAACAACAAAAGGCAAGUAAGGGACCAUCGAACUAGCACGUGUGGUGGGGGACAGAGAAUAAAGAAAAUAUGAAGCACGUUUAGUACUAUAGCGUCGGUGAAAGGAGAAAAGAAAAUAAAGUUUGUUUCUCUUAAAUUUAGAUAUUUCGUAUGGACACUCUGGGUAUGUUAAGAGAGGAGAUAUCAGUUGAUUCCCUCUCAUUUGCAGAUUUUUUUAAAAGCAUUUUUAAGGCUUUUUCGUAGUACAGACAUGAAUGACCCAAUCCCCCAACCCAGUUAUAUAUAUUUAGUCAACAGUUUAA